AGUAAAAAGAACAGCCGUUGGACCAAUUAGGAACCAAAGAGUUUGUGCGGUCGAUCGGUAGUUCAUCUGGAUUACUGGAUAUCAUGAUCUUAAUUAUAUCUGAGCCCCCUGCAUCUGGAUAUCGGUUAAUUAGGGUGUCCAAGUUAGUUAAGGGGAGGGUUGAGUUCACUGUGUCUGUACCACACAUAAUAAAUUUGAUACCAUUUAUCUUCACAGUUGUUUGUAAUACUGAAACGUACGUACACAUCUCGAGAUUAAUUCUCAUUUUGGAAGAGGCAGAGAGAUCAACCAGACCAGAGAUGGAGUUCUUGGUGAGUUGCUUCCUAUGUCUUCUCCUCUUUAUGUGUGUCUAUGUCUUGGUUCAAGUUUGUAGUUCAAUUACAAGUACUAGAAGCAGAGCAAGUUCCAGUAAGCUUCCGCCUGGUCCACGGAGGAUUCCAAUCUUGGGAAACCUCUUGGAUCUUGGUGACAAACCCCACAAGUCUCUGGCUGAGCUUGCCAAAACUCAUGGUCCCAUAAUGAGUCUCAAACUGGGCAACUUAUUCUCAGUUGUUAUUUCUUCAGCAGCCAUGGCCAGAGAAAUCCUACAGACUAAUGACCUUAUCUUCUCUAAUAGAACCAUUGUCGAUGCAAUCCGAGCCCGCCAACACCACGAACUGGGGAUGCCUUGGAUACCCGUUUCUCCACUUUGGAGAAAUCUUCGGAAACAGCCUUCGUUGGAAGACUCACCCACAAUUUUCAAAGCGGGAGCUGAUGUAGAAGUCUGUGGCUUUACAGUGCCAAAUGACGCUCAACUGCUGAUCAACAUAUGGGCCAUACACAGGGAUCCGAGCAUUGGGGAAAUGCCAAACUGUUUUAUGCCGGGGAGGUUCCUGGGUUCGGCAAUUGACGUCAAAGGCAGGGACUUUGAGCUCAUUCCGUUCGGUGCAGGGGGCCGAAUAUGCCCGGGAUUGCCUCUGGCUUAAUAUGCCCUGGAUUGCCUCUGGCACUGAGAAUGUUGCAUUUGAUGUUAGGUUCUCUCAUAAACUGCUUCGAUUGGAAGCUUGAAGAUGGUGU